UCCAACAACGUGCGUUACGCGUUUGGCUUUCGAGAAAGUGUCGCUGGGAAAAUUUUUCCCCGAGAAAAACCCUAACCAAUGGCGACUGGCUAUGGUUAUGGUUAUGGUGGAUGGUCGUGUUGACGCCGGCGUCCUGCUGAGAUUGAUUGUCAAAAGAUGCGGUCCAGAACGAUAGUAACCCGCAAGAGAACUCCACCAUGCGAAGCUUCCGAUUCGCCUCUCUCAUUUCCCAUUGGAAUGGACCAAAAUGAUUUGCAAGGUCAGAGAAGGGAGAUGAAGCAUAAAGGAAAGAAUGUUGUCUGGUCUGUUGCAAUGGACAAGUGUCUGAUUGAAGCUCUAGCCAUCCAAGCUAGAAAUGGGAAUAAAAUUGACAAGUGCUUUAAUGAAAAUGCAUAUACGGCUGCUUGUGUAGCUGUGAACUCUAGGUUCAAUUUGUCUUUAAAUAACCAGAAAGUUAUCAAUCGUCUUAAGACAAUCAAGAAGAGGUACAAGAUAAUGAGGGAUAUGCUAAGUCAAGAUGGAUUUGCUUGGAAUCCAAAUUCAAAGAUGAUUGAGUGUGACAAUGAUGAUUUAUGGAAGAGAUACAUUGCUGAUCAUCCUGAUGCAAGGGGAUUUCGAGGAAAGCAGAUUGAGAUGUAUGAUGAACUGAAAAUCGUAUGUGGAAACUAUCAGGCUCCUAGUCGGUGGGCAAGGAUGACAGGUAACAUUAAUGGAAGCCAGCAAGCAGAAUUUAAGAAUUAUGAGGAGGAUUCUGCUUCAUUCCUUUCACCAAGUUCAGAAGACCCCAGUGACACAGAUGGAACAGAGACAGAGUCGUCUACCCGACAGCCUGAGUAUUCCGAGCCAGCUGAUAGUCAAGAGGCUCCUUUUAUCCCACCUCUGAGACAACUUCCAAAGCGGGCUCGAGCAUCAGAGGCUCUUCAGGAUGCUAUGUUGGCUGUGGCAUCAAGCAUCCGGCACUUGGCUGAUGCAAUUGAACAAAGUAAGAACAUAAUUGAUGCCCCUGAACUUCUGCAGGCUGUAAUGGAAAUUGACGGCUUGGAAGAGGCCAAGCAAAUGUAUGCAUUUGAGUACUUGAAUGCUGACCCCAUAAAAGCCCGAGCCUUCAUGGCGUACGAUGAGCGAAUGAGGAAAAUAUACUUGUUCCGGCAAUUUUGGUGGUGGAAGUGAAUUUUUGAGGGGUAUGGUUGCCAGUUAAUACAUGGUACAUACCUAUUAUACAGAGUUCUAAUUGUUGCGGGCAGGAAGUCUUGCAGAUUCUAUUAGUGAUGUUUAGAAGUGAAUGUUAUCGGCGAAGAUCUUGUACAAAAUUUAGUUAGAAAGCAAUAGGGAUGAGAAUCAUAUGUUCUGCCUCUUCCAACAUGAUGAUCAGGGGUGUGGAUAUCUAGGUUCCGCUUUUCUUUUUCCGAGGGAAUGUAGUUUAAAAAGCUUGACCAUAUAGUAUUUCCUCUUGAUUUCAAGUUGAGGCCCAGGCAAGAAGGGGAGAGCUUGUUUUGUGAAGUUUAAAUCGAAUGCAAUCGCCCUUCUUUCUUUUUUGA